AUGGAGAAGCCGCACAAGGUUCACCACAAGCCGUCGGCGGGCACCAAGGCCGACAAAAAGGACAAGGCCAAGGGCGUCGACCGCUCGGGUGCCAAGGGCUACAACCCCAAGGCCUUUACGUCGCAGUCAUGGCGCUCUGGCAACGUUGCCGCGCGCCGUACCGCCGACCAGGACCAGAAGCGUCUCCAUGUCCCGCUCGUCAACCGUAACCCGGAGGAGCGCAAGGUCACGCAGGACAAGGGUCAGGGCAUGGACGAGGGCCGUCUGCCUCCCCCUCCCAUUGUGGUCGGUAUCGUCGGUCCCCCCGGUGUCGGCAAGACGACACUCCUCCGCUCGCUUGUCCGUCGCUACACCAAGCACAACCUCAACCAGCCGCAGGGUCCCAUCACCGUCGUCUCGGGCAAGACGCGCCGUAUCACGUUUGUCGAGUGCGGCAACGACCUCAACUCGAUGGUCGACUGCGGCAAGGUCAUUGACCUGGUCCUGCUCAUGAUUGACGGCUCGUUUGGGUUCGAGAUGGAGACGUUUGAGUUUUUGAACGUCCUCCAGGCGCACGGUUUCCCCAAGGUUAUUGGUCUCCUCACGCAUCUCGACUUGAUUAAGAAGCAGAGCACCCUCAAGGACACCAAGAAGCGCCUCAAGCACCGUUUCUGGACGGAAAUCUACCAGGGUGCCAAGCUCUUUUCGCUCUCGGGCGUCAUCAACGGCCGCUACCCGGACGCCGAGAUCAACUUGCUGUCGCGCUUCAUCUCAGUGGUCAAGUUCCGCCCGCUCGUCUUCCGCAACCAGCACCCGUACCUCGUCGCCGACCGUCUGCAGGACCUGACUCCGCGCGAGGCGGUCCGCAACAACCCCAAGAUGGACCGCACCAUCACGCUGUACGGCUACCUCCGCGGCCCCAACCUCCCGGCGCGUAACGCCAAGAUCCACAUCCCGGGCGCGGGCGACCUCGAGGUCCGCGAGGUCGAGCGCCUUGCCGACCCCUGCCCGCUGCCCACGCUCGAGAGCGAGCGCCGUCGCCGCAUGGGCGAAAAGGCCAAGCUCAUCCACGCACCCAUGUCCGACGUCGGCGGCGUCAUGUACGACAAGGACGCAGUGUACGUCAACGUCCUCGGCUCGUUUAGCAAGGACGGAGACGCGCCCAAGGGCGAGGGCGAGCGCAUGGUCAUGGACCUCCAGGACGCCGGCAGGACACUCGCCGAGGGCAUGGCAGACUCGAACAUUCGUCUGUUUGGCGACUCGACCGCCGCCCUCAAGGUCGACCCGGCUGCGUCCAAGCAGCAGCGCCGCGAGCGUCGUCGUGCCGAGCCCCGGUCCGGUGGACCCAUGCUCGGCUCGGCCGAUGCCGAUGGCGACUAUGACGACAUGGAGGACAACUCGGACGAGGACGAGGACGAGGACGGCGCGCACAUUGAGGAGAUUGACGACGACGACGAGGGUUCGGUCGUGUACGCCGGUUCCGACGAGGACAAUGACGACCUCGAGCUCGCCACUGGCUUUUUGCAGGAUGGCAAGCGCGUCAACAUCUCCGACGACGAGUACGACGACGAAGAGCCCGAGGCCGAGUUUGACGACGAGGACGAGGACGGAGGUUCAGACGAGGACGGCUUUGUCCCCCGCUGGAAGGUCAACAUGGGCGAGCGUGCUGCCACUGGGUUUGCCGAGCGCAUGCUGCGCCGCCGCGACCUCAUGGCGCUGAUCUACGGUGACGAGCUGUCCCCCGACGAGAUUGCCGCUGGCAAGACCCGCCCUUCGUCCGCCGACGCCGAGAGCUCGGCCAUGGCUCUAGCCCACGACGGCCUCAUGCGCGUCUCGGGCGGCGACAAUGCCGGCGACGACGGCGACCAGCUCAAGGUCCCUGCCGACGCCGCGGCCCUUGCUGCCAAGUGGGCCGACGAGUCGCUCCUCGACUCGCUCCAGGGCAUGUUCAUCUCGGGCCGUAUGGGCGAGGAGGGUGAGGACGGCGUGCCGUACGAGGACGACGCCGGCAACUUCCAGGACAUUGAGGGCGCCGACGACGACGGAGAGGACGUCGACAACGUUCCCUACGUCGGCAACAAGCCCGCUGGCGGCAUGGGCGCCGAGGACAUCAAGGCUGCCCGUGCUUCUGCGCUCGACAAGAAGAAGAAGGCGCUCGCUGCCAAGUUUGACGAGCAGUUUGACGGCGGCUCGGACGACGACGAGGGCGAGAAGAUGGACUUUUACGACACUGCCAAGGCCGAGAUGGCGCGCCAGCGUGAGACCAACGAGAACGAGUUUGACGGCAUGGACUUGGACACCCGUGCCCAGAUUGAGGGCUACCGUUCGGGCUCGUACGUCCGUCUCGAGAUUGACAAUGUCCCCUGCGAGCUGGUCGAGCACUUUGACCCUGCGUUCCCGAUCAUUGUCGGCGGUCUGCUCUCCGAGGAGGAGCGUUUCGGUUACAUUACCGUGCGUAUCAAGCGCCACCGUUGGUUCACCCGCACGCUCAAGACCAACAACCCCUUGAUCUUCUCCCUCGGCUGGCGCCGCUUCCAGACCAUGCCCAUCUACCACUUGGACGACCACAGUAUCCGCAACCGCCUGCUCAAGUACACUCCCGAGCACAUGCACUGUUACGCGACCUUUUACGGCCCCGUCUCGGCGCCCAACACUGGUUUCUGCGCGUUCAACUCGCUCGACGCCGAGCAGCCCGGAUUCCGCGUCAGCGCCACCGGUGUGGUCCUCGACGUCGACCGCAGCACCAAGAUUGUCAAGAAGCUCAAGCUCACCGGUACCCCUUACAAGGUGUUCAAGAACACGGCCUUUAUCAAGGACAUGUUCUCGUCUACCCUCGAAGUCGCCAAGUUUGAGGGCGCCAACAUCCGUACCGUCUCUGGUCUCCGUGGUCAGAUCAAGCGCGCCCUCGCCAAGCCCGAGGGCUGCUUCCGUGCCACGUUCGAGGACAAGAUCCUCAUGUCGGACAUUGUCUUUUUGCGCGCAUGGUACUCGAUCGAGCCCAAGAAGCUCUACAACCCCGUCACGUCGCUGCUCUCGGCCGACAAGAAGAGCGGGUGGCAAGGCAUGCGCCUCACGGGCCAGAUCCGCCGUGACGAGGCCAUCGACACGCCGCUCGACCCCAACUCGGCGUACCGCACCAUUGAGCGCUCGACGCGCCGCUUCAACCCGCUCAAGAUCCCGCGCAAGCUCCAGGCCGACCUGCCGUACGCGUCCAAGCCCAAGAUGAUGACCGCCCAGAAAAAGCCCACGUACAUGCAGUCGCGCGCCGUCGUCCUCGGCGACGACGAGAAGAAGGCCGUCGCGCUCCUGCAGCAGAUCCAGAGCCUGCGCAAGGACAAGGUCCAGCGCCGCAAGGACAAGCAAGAGGAGCGCAAGACGGAGCACCGCAAAAAAGUGGAAAACUCCGAGGAGCGCCGCGCAGACAAAAUCCGCGCAGAGCGCAAGGAGCACGUCAGGUCCGAGGCCAUCAAGCGCAAGCACGCAGAGGACACGGCAGGCAGCAAGCGUUUCAAAAAGUCAUAG